AUAAUAUAUAUUUUUAGGAGUUUGCUUAUUUGUGUUGUUCCUCGCAUGCAUUAUACGCAAGCUGUCUUUUUUUUCCUUGAAGAUCCAGAGCCAUGGUUACAUCGAUUUCUGAUACGACCAUGGCUCUGGUUCUGAUCCUCUCGAUCCUGCUCGUGUUCUGCUCGGGGCCGGCCAUCGCGGAGCUCACGAGGAUCGAUCAGCCGACGAAGAGCGACGGGUCGUUGAGCCUUCUCGUCGUCGGCGAUUGGGGGAGACGAGGGAACUACAACCAAUCCCUAGUCGCAACUCAGAUGGGAAGGAUUGGAGAGGAAUUAGACAUAGAUUUUGUUAUAUCCACCGGCGAUAAUUUCUACGAAAAUGGUUUAACGGGCGUCAACGAUACUGCGUUCGAAGAAUCAUUCUCCAACAUUUACACUGCAAAGAGCCUACACAAGCCAUGGUACACUGUUCUCGGAAAUCAUGAUUAUAGGGGUGAUGUUCUAGCUCAACUAAGCGACGCAGUUCGAAGGAUCGAUCCCCGAUUCACUUGCAUGAGAUCUUUUAUUGUCAAUGCAGAAAUCGCGGAUUUUUUCUUCGUCGAUACCACCCCUUUCGUCAACAAGUAUUGGACUGAUCCUGAGGACCAUCACUAUGACUGGAGGGAGGUUUCUCCCCGCGAAACUUACAUCGAAAACCUCUCAAAGGAUUUGGACUCCGCAUUGAAAGAAUCGGUUGCGACAUGGAAAAUUGUUGUGGGGCAUCACACAAUGAGAAGCGUUAGCGAGCACGGCGACACCAAAGAGCUUCUCAAAUCACUCCUCCCCAUCCUCAAGGCGCACGAAGUCGACUUUUACGUCAAUGGUCAUGAUCAUUGUCUCCAGCACAUUAGUAGCAUUGAUAGCCCGAUACAGUACUUCACGAGCGGGGGAGGGUCAAAAGCGUGGAGGGGAGCAUUCAGGCCGAACUCCGACAUGCUCCAGUUCUUCUACGACGGGCAAGGAUUCAUGUCGCUGCGAUUGAGCCCCCUCGAGGCGAAUUUCGUGUUCUACGACGCAUUCGGUCGAGUGUUGUAUGAAUGGGGCUUAGCCAAGGUUGUAACUAGAAAGUUGUUUCAUCCUGCAGCAAUGUAGGUAGGAAUUGUUGUUGUAAGAAGUUGUAGGAUGUUGGAAAAGAUAAUAAUGUUGUAUUUUGUAGGAGGGAUUAAUUGCAAAUUUCUUAUUAAUUAGUUAGGGUUAUGAUGGAGAUGUGUUGGGGAAAAGUUUGAUUGAUAGGGGAUGUUGAGUGCUCUUGUAAUUGUUGUGUUAUUGGAGAAUGAUUGAGGAAUUGUUGAGUUAUUGAAGAUGAUUGAGGAUGUUAUUGACGGUGAUUGAGGAACAAAUUGUACUCAUUUUUAAUGAUUUGGGCUUUGUAAUUGUUACACCUGUGCCAUAUCGAAUGGGAUACUAAUUUCGAUCAGUUUA